UGCUGCGCGCAACCACAGGAUUCCUCGCGGAAGUGACGGCAACGCGGCGAUGGCGGCUCGCAGUUUCAUUCCGGAUUUCAACUGGACUACAAACUGAUUUUAACUGGGCCGGUUAGACUUUGUGGAACUUUUGUGAAGCUGUCUUUCUUUGGACGGCGCAGAGUGAAGUCGCGUUGAACCGGUGCUUGACAACGAGCGUCCCCACAGAUUUUUGGGGGUAUUUUUGUCCUGGGUUCAAGGUGGUCACCCUGUCGAGCUAGCGGUAGCUUGUUGGCUACUAGCUAACCUUAGUUGGUACACUGCUAGCUCCGGAGCUAGCUUGUCAACGAGCUGCGUGCUAAGGUCCAUAGAGCAGCAGUCGUCGUGGAGCAGCUUUUUUUCCACCACGUCCACGUUUGUCUUUCAUAUUUACAAUGAAAAUAUAUUCUGUUUAACGUUAGUUGAGCCACAAGUGUGCAGAGCGAGGUACUCACACGUUUGCUUGGCCUCUUGUUUAUUUGAAUUGCUAGUUUGGCGGCUGUGGCUAAAGACGGAUUUUCACUAUCACUAGCAAGCAAGUUCCCUCAGUAAUUGUCUCAUCAACUUUGAGCAAAAGCGUGAUAUCAACCGAGAAUUGAAGUUGACUUGCUGUGGGGUCUUUGCGUGCUCAUCAACAUGCUGAAGACCCGCCAAUGUUUACUUGGUAUCCGCACUUUUCUCGGCGUAACGUCGAGAAUAUGGGGCUUCAUCAUGUACAUCCUCAGGAAGCACCUACGAACGAUAAUCCAGUAUCAGACGGUGCGAUACGACACUUUGCCUCUGUCACCUAUCUCCAGAAACAGACUCAAUGCAGUAAAAAGGAAGAUUCUGGUUCUGGACUUGGAUGAGACGCUGAUUCACUCUCACCAUGACGGGGUCCUCAGACCCACAGUGAGACCUGGAACGCCGCCAGACUUCAUCCUCAAAGUCGUCAUUGACAAGCACCCAGUCAGAUUCUUCGUACAUAAAAGGCCACACGUUGACUUCUUUUUAGAAGUGGUGAGCCAGUGGUAUGAGCUGGUGGUUUUCACAGCCAGUAUGGAGAUCUACGGCUCAGCAGUGGCAGACAAGCUGGACAACAACAGGAACAUCCUGAAACGCAGAUACUACAGACAGCAUUGUACAUUGGAUCUAGGUAGUUAUAUUAAAGACCUGUCUGUAGUACACGAUGACCUGUCCAGUAUUGUCAUCCUGGACAACUCGCCUGGUGCUUAUCGUAGCCAUCCAGACAAUGCAAUACCCAUCAAGUCCUGGUUCAGCGACCCUAGUGACACAGCACUUCUUAACUUGCUGCCUAUGCUGGAUGCACUAAGGUUCACUGCUGAUGUCCGCUCCGUCCUCAGUCGAAACCUCCACCAGCAUCGGCUCUGGUGAUUGGCUGAAUCGAGAGGGGGAGCAGCUUGUUGAGCAGCCUCUUCCUCUCUGCCAGCUUCCAUCCUGCUCUCCGUUCCCACAGAGACCACCCACCGGCCCUCUCUGAGCCUCUCAGACCUGUCCUGAGGAGAUGAGGGUUGGGGUGACCGCCUAACAUGGGAUGAACAGUAUGGGAUCACCAGAACCCAUAAACUACUAAGGAGGGGAGGGGGAGCCACCUUUUUUUUUUUUCCUUGAUUCUUUAUUUGUAUUUUUUUUUUUUUUCCAAAACAAAACGGAGCCUCUCUGCCUUAUCGCUCCUGAUACUGACUAUGUGCGUAUGAACGUGAGCUUGUGUACGUGAGUCGGAGUAUGCUUGCUGAGUUCCUUAGUCCCUUUUUAAACUUUUUUGACAAUUGGGAGGGGAGGGGGGUUUGAGGAUCAGCAAAGCAACAAAGACAGCUUUACAUUAGUUUCCUCUUCUCCAUCAUCACCAGACAUUGCACUUAAGCAGGCAACUCAUCGUUUUACUGUCUUAACCUCACCGAGCAACUGAGAAGGGGAAAGUAGAAAACCACCCCUUUUUAGGUCAACUUCACAGCCCAGCGAUGAUUCAUUAAUCCGAGGUACGUUUUUUUUUUUUUUUCCCCCCUCUGAACAAGAAUGGAUCGACUUAAACUUGCAGUUGAUGGACUUUUGCUUGCAACAAACCAUCCACAGGUGUUCUCCUGGACAAAUAGCCGAGCAGCCUGAUAUUCUUUAUUUUCCCCCAGCCAUAAUCAUCAGUCUUUCCCCAAAAGCUCCUCAUGGGACUCAUUGAUAAAGACGACUGAAAACUUGUGAGAGGAACAACAAAAUAAUGGCCUGUUAACGAUAUGUGGACUGCCUUGCCGCCUUUCCAUAUUUGUUUCUCUAUUAUAUGAUAAUAUGACAUCUGCAUACCAUGACAUUUUGCUCUCCCCCUUUGUCAUUUGAUGCCAUCCUGAUUUCAUCUAAUAGGAAUUGCACUUAAUUUUUCCUCCUUCUGUUUUUGUUGCAGUUGGUUUUGUAUUUGAUUCAAAUUUGCAACCUUCCCAGAACGUUUCAGUUUUUACCUGCCCCGCUUUCUGUAUGGGUUCAACUAAUAGACCCUCCGUCUUUAAAUGCCUUCUGAACAAUGUCAGUCUUGUCAAGGCUCUCAGCGGCUUCUUAUUGGCUCUGUCUCCAGGUCUGUGUUACUAAUAAAACACUUGUCAGUAUCGACCAGUUA